AUGCUUUGUCCACUAUUUCAAAAUGUUCAAACAGAAGGAGAAAUUACGAUUGGAAUAGACGAAGCAGGAAGAGGACCUGUUUUAGGACCAAUGGUAUAUAGUGCAUUUUUUACUACUAAUACAGAAGUUAUAAGUACCAUGGGGUUUCAUGACUCUAAAAUUUUAUCCCGAACGAUGAGAGAGAAGUUAUUUACUGAUAUAAAAGAAAGUGGGGUGUGUGGAUUUUCAACACGAAUUCUCACUCCAAGUUAUAUCAGUCAGAUGAUGUGUGGUCCUCAAAAGGUUUCAUUAAAUGAAAUAGCAUUUAGUGCAGUUAGAGAUAUUAUCCAUCAAAUCAUCAGAACAAGUCAGCGUAAAAUUGUACAUAUUUAUUGUGAUACUGUUGGACCUUCUAAAAAAUAUCAAGCGAUGAUUGCAAAUGAAUUUAAGGAAGUUAAAUUAAGUCAAAUUACUGUUUGUCCAAAAGCUGAUGGAUUAUAUCCAGUUGUUAGUGCAGCAAGUAUUUGUGCUAAAGUAACAAGAGAUACUUGUCUUGAUAAUUGGAUUUAUGAAGAAACAAAUAUUCAAACAAGACAGGUUGGUUGUGGAUAUCCAAGUGAUGUAGAUACAAUAAAAUGGAUGAAAUGUCAAUAUGACCCAUUGUUUGGAUAUCCUAAUUUAGUUAGAUUUGGGUGGGAAACAUCUAAGAGAAUCAUUGAAGAAAAAGUACCAAUGAAAAGACCAUUUCCUUAUCAAAAUAAACAAGAUGUAGUUGGAAUAAUUCAAAGUAAAUUAUUUGCAAAUAAAGGAAUAACUGAAUUGACUGAAUGGUAA